GUUAACGUCCUCACUGAAGACUGUCGACUUUUAAAACGUCACAACUCAGAUAUCUAAUCAUAAAGUGGCGAGAUAUAAGAGAAAACUCUGUCUCAAAGUACGAGAUGAUCGUGAGGAGACUCUGACAAGAAAGAUGUCUUAUCACUGCAAGGAUUUAAUGGAGCAUAUCCCAUAUGUCCCUCCGCUGGUUCUCCACGGCAUCUCCAUGGAUAACGGCGGAGCGCACUACAAAGAUGCGCUUCGACUCGGACUGCCUUUCCACCUAGACUCUGCAUACCUCGAGCCCAUGCACGGCCAGAUGUUACCCUACAGACGCUUAUCCUACCUCCCCUUUCACGGACCUCUCGGUGUGUGUGAUUAUUCCUUCGAGCCUGCGUUCAUUCGGAAAAGAAACGAAAGGGAGCGACACCGGGUGCGCUGCGUAAACGAGGGUUACGCGCGGCUCCGAGAGCAUCUGCCGCAGGAGUUUGAGGACAAAAGGCUCAGCAAAGUGGAGACUUUGCGGGCGGCUAUUGAUUAUAUCAAACACCUGCAGAGCCUACUGGACUUAAACGUGUCCGGGAUGGGGAUGUCACUUGGAGACGCGCGCAACCAUGCGCCGUUACCUCAAAGGACAGAGUGCAACAGCGAUGGGGAAUCCAAAACCGGCCUCAGCGAAAGCGGGGAAAUUGUUUACUAGCUCUCAAUCCCUCGUUCAUCUAUGACAUGCUGUAUAUUAAUAAUAUAAUAUUUGAAUAUAAUUGUGAGUAAAAGGACAAAAUGAAUGAAAAGGUAAAAAAGAGCAGGGGAAAACAACCAUAAGUUUUAUACAGUAAAGAUGUGACAUGGAUAAAAUGUACUGUAAGAAAGCAAAACAUGUCAAACUAACACCAUUUAAACUGUCUCCCUUUAUUCGAUCUAGUGUGCACAUGGGGUACCGACAUGUUUGCAUGUAAGGAGCAUAGAAAAACUCCCAUCACAGAAAAUUAUUUUCGGGGAAUCUUAGCAGCAAAAAUAACAAAAUUUGAACACAGAAUUUAAUUCCUGUCCUUUGGAAACAACGUGUUUAAGGUCAUCUGAAGGGGCAUUUGACAAGUUAAGAGCCUCAUCUCAGCAUGAAUAUUGAAAGUGGAUUCAGUGUACAAAGAAAGCCAUUGUUUGGGGAAGUUAUUAUUUUUUGUAUUGUAUUAAACUCUCAUGGACAAUUAUUAUUAUCUACAAUUAUUGACUCUGUUUCAAAGCAAA